AUGGAUUCAAGUUUUGACGAUUGUCUGCGCGACGCUGACAGAUGGCAGCUGUUGUGUCAUUCCUUCCAAUCGGGCAAUAACAAAAACGAAAAUAUGAAAGCUGUACCACAAACGAAGUCCCACUGUCCAUCCGCCAAUACAGUUCUGUUUAAGAAAUUAAGAACCAUCAAGGACGACAUUACGUCUGUGCCAUUGAAUAACACGGAAAUCGUCGCGAAAGCAACCGGAAGGAUCGACGACGCUGCUCGACCCUAUCGUUCGCGCUCGGAUCACAAUCAAAGAAUGUGCUCCAACCAUCAAAAAUUGGCUCCAACGUUUAUGACAAACCGAGUUCAGUUCUUGGAGUCCCAUAACGAGCAACUGUGGGCACGCGUAAAACGACUCAUGCGCGAUUUAGAUUUGACGGAGGCGGUUAUGAAAAGAGGGGAAAUGGCAAGGGCGGAUUUGACGAACAGGUUGCAGGCGUACGAGACUUUUAUCGCGGAAAUGUUUAGGCGGUUAAACGGGACAGGGAUUGUCAAGAUUACGGAUGAAAGUGGAAAGCAGAUCGUUAUACGGAAAGUAAAAACGAAAGAAUUGUCUUAUAUGCGUGGCGAGAAAGACACGCUUGUUUCGAUUCCGGAAAUAUCUCUGGUGAAAAAUAUAGCAAGGAGACACGCGGAGGCCACGGUGAAGUGCAAAGUCGAAAAGGUUUCGCAGGAAAUGAGUACUUUGCCCGACGUAUCGAUAAAGAUCGAGGAAACGGUGGCACAAAGUUCUGGAGACGAUAGAUUAGUUUCUAAAAGAGAGCACACCUACAAUAGACGUCGAGACACGUACAAUUUAAACGAAACCAUCGAUGAACCGUCGCUGUGGGUGAAAAACGAAUUUCCGGAAGUGGUCCCAUCCACGGUGGAAAUCCCGUCGAAUUCUGAGAGUCCACGCGGUUACGUAACGAAAGAGGCCAUGGGCGCGACAAACGAAGCAGACGAUAAUACAUGCAAAGACAAUUGUAAAAUCGAAGAAACUAACCGUGUCGAGGGCAAGGCGAGGAAAAUGAAAAACAGUGCGGUCGACGAUAAAGAAAUUGCGGCAAAAGUGGAUCCAUUCGCGGCUACGAAUUCCCGCGUGUGUUGCUGCGAUUGCCACCGUAAUUGUUCCGCAGCGUCGAUCGCGAACAAGAAAUCUGGCAAAGGAAACGCGCAAGAGUGGGCGCUCGAGUGCCGAUGCGACUUGGAAGUGGCCAACGGAAUAUAUCGAGUGAUCGAUAAAAGCGUGGAGAGCCUGAAACAUUGUCUCAAAACUCAUGCAACGGAAGAUACGUCAUCGGCGAAUGCCACCCAUAUGGGAAAGUUAGAGCAACGGCCGGAAAAUACGGUCGACGACAAAGCAUUUCGAUCGGUGUCGCCCACGAUUUUGAUAACGGGAAAGAACGAUAAGGUUGCGAUCAUUACGUAA